CUUCUCUUUCCCACCGUGUGAAUACUUGGAACGCGGGCGGGGACGGUUCCGAUCGGUACACGGGAAGGGGCUUCGGUGGAAGGAAGGACGGACGGGCCCUGUUGUUGAACGUGGGACAACUGCGGUUCUGGAUUGUUGCUGCGUCUGCUGUGAAUGAAUGGUGGCGUACAUAUAUGGCAGGCUCCUUCCGUGUAGGAACUUGGAAGCAUGAAUGAAAGCAUGGAGGCUGAAGAAGACCAGAAUGAGGAACCAAAGAAUGUUAACCCUUACUACUGCCAUAUUUGCAAUAUCUACUGUUCAUGUUAUGUAAACCUGCAGACACAUUUCCUUGGAAACAAGCAUAAGCUGGUUGAAGAAGCUCUAAAAACACAUGGUUUUGUUAAACCUGGAAGUGCCACAGGAGAGCCGGUCAAAGCACCAGAAGGUCUUCCUGCUAGCACCAAAUCUGAGAAAGGUUUGGGGAAAACAUUGGAAGAACAACUUAAUUCAUGUAAAGAUACUGAACCCGCUCUUGGUCUCCAAUACAUAACUGAAUAUCAGGCAAAAGAGCUCAUCUAUGAGUGUAAUCUGUGUGGAUGUCAGUCAGGAAUAACAAACAUGUUCAUGCAUGUUUUGGGUGCAAAACAUAAAUUGGCAUAUUUGAAAAGGCACUAUCCUGAAAUAGCAGAUGAUAUUAAUUGUCAUGGUACCAAUUUGACUAGAAAAGUUAAGAAGAUCGCUGCAGAAAUUGAGCAGAAGGAAGGAAGGAAGAAAAUAAUGGUUUCAACGGAUGUUCCUGUUAUUCAUGAUGACAGUUACGCAGUUCAGGGUUCAGAUUCUCUUGUCACCUGGUUUUCUGAAGAUGAUCCUGGUGUGGAAAAAAAGAAGGAAGCGGAUAAGAAGGAAGGAGAUAAGAAGGAAGCGGAUAAAAAGGAAGCGGAUAAUUUAUGUAUCAGGACCAGUGCGAAGGUGGCUGACGAAACCAACAAACCUCUAAAACCGGACAAUGAAGAGCACCAGAGUCAGAACACAGAAAAACUAGCAAUGGCAGACUUGAGUGAUUCGGAUUCAGAAGAAAUCCAGAGCAAUGAAGAUUUACUAAACUACUUGAAAACCUUUGAAAUGGUGACUGAAGAUGAUGCUACAUUUAUACUGACAGUUACACAGAAGCUUACAAGUUCAUUGGUGGCAUAUCGCCAGAAGGUUUUAGAAAGAAAAAACACUUCUCAGUUGACUAGGAAAGAAAGAUGUGGUCACUUAGAGCAAACAAAGAGAGCUUCCUUGAACGUUGGCAAACCUAAUCGUGGUUUUUCUGAAAAGCAGCCUCCUAUUCGGUACACCAGUAAAAAUAAGGGAACAAAGCUGAAUUUUCAUCCAUCAAAUAAGCGGAAAGCAGUGUCGCAGAAUGCAGAUGACAGUGCAAGAAAACAUAAACUUGGGACCUCUGUGUCCACAUUUGUGGAUGUACCUAGCAAACAACUCUCCUCUCAUGUUGGAAUUCCUCCCUCUUCUGAGCAACAUAUAUUGAAUCCAGUAUCAGACAAAAACUCUUCCUCUCAAAAUCAGUCAUAUGCACCCAUGGCUACUACUUCUGGACCAUCAACAUCUGAGAAUGAUAUAAUUGCAGAAUUUUUCAGCAGCAUAAGAAAUAUGGAAUUUGAUGAAGUUGCUGCCACCUUAUACAGAGUUGCUGCAUCAAAUCCCUCAUUUAGUGGAAUGGAUGUUGAAAAUGUACUAAAGAUCCUAACAGAGAGUGGGAACUUGAAACCAAAGAAGAGCAGCAGCACAAGAUGAAGAAAAGCAAUUUCUAUCAAUAUUAUUGUUUUUAAACUAACUGUAGAUAUCUAUUGUUAAAUACAUUAGAGAUACAAUGUAAAAAGUCUUCUCAUUCCAAUAUUGCUUGCCUCUUUUCUCCUCUGAAUAGUAUUAUUUGUUCAUCUUUUAAAAGAAGAAAGUGUUCAUUUUGUCUUUCUAAUACAUGUAUAAAUUUGCUUCUAAGAGGUCUGCCAUUUAUUCACUAACCAUGCUGUGUAAAUAGCAAAUUCAUAAUACUAUUUGGCAUACAUGCAAGUUCUUGAAUGCAUAUUGUUUGUUGCUCUGAUUGAUGAAAGUGAUUGUCCACAAUGUAGCUGCAACAAUUAAAAAUGUGUUGAAUCAUUA